AUGUGGUGCAGCAGACUGCCACCAAAUAUUCAGGCGUUGAUCGCUUCACAACCCUCUGGAGCAUUAGAUAAUUUAGCAGACCUAGCCGACAGGGUCUGUGACAUCGUCUCGCCGCUUCCCCACGUCAACGCCUGUUCAACUUCUGCAGCCCAAGCCGCCCCAGGUUCCAGUAUGGAAGUAAUGUCAAGGGAGAUAGCGGAGCUGAAGCAAGCUGUGAAAAAUCUGACGAUGCAACUAAACAGGCAGGGCAGAAACCCCGAGCGCUACAACAAUCGCAGACGUUCCAGGUCCAGGUCUACGAGUAACUAUGAAAAAUUCCCAACCUGCUGGUACCAUUCCAAGUUUGGCGCUAAGGCCACGAAGUGUACCAAACCAUGCGACUACGGCAGGUUGGGAAACUCGCAGGGCAGUCGAUAA